UGCGUAACAGUACAAUUCCAAAGAAGGGACAGGCUUGCUUUGAUUGAAAGUUUCAGCCCAAGUGAGUAACAGCAUUCUGAAAAUAACUCAUCAUUGGCAGGCACUUCGGGACCCAAAGCGAACGUGAAAGGCGUUAUUAAACGUUUGGCUUUUUGGAGACGGUUCUGCGGGGAGCUGUAGACAAACAAGGGAAAUAUUAUUACACCUGGAGUCUGGAUCUUUCCAUUCGACUGCUGAUUUGGAAUUAGCUGCGAACCUCUUUGUCAACCUGGGCGGUAGGACCCAGCGGAACCGGCUGCUCGCCAGGCGGAAGCGCCGGCACCUGCUGGAGAGGUGACUUGCGGGCUCAGUCGUCUCGAUCCAAGAUCGGCAGACAGGCGGAGGGAAAAACAGAAACUGCUGGAGAGGGAGAAAAACACUUAUGGUGGGCUUUCUUGGCGGCCGUUAGCAUGCCUGGGCGGCACGCCCCUGCGGAUCUGGGUGUUAUGGAAACAGUCACGUAGUGGAAUGGGACGUGGGCAAAGUGAUCGGUUCGAACGGCACCCCUUCUCACAGAACCCCUAGUUAAUGAUGAGGUUCUACCUCUGCUACGUGCUCUGGCUCUCUGGUGUCCACAGUGUGGAGAAGUUCCAAGGACCUCUGUAUGAGGUCACCUGUCCUCAAGAGGGUACCUCAUGUGAAGCAGUGUCAGACUGUGGUUCUGAGAAUGUCGGAGGAUACAUGCUACAACUCCUUCCAAUUAAUUUAACAAGCUCUACUAUACUCUACUGUGAGCAGAACAUUUCGUGCUUCCCAUGCAUAAGCAUCGAAUUAACAGCAUCAUUGUCAGCAUCAGAGAUAAACAGGAGUUUUGGUGGAAAUGCAAGUGGAUUCAGGAAAAGCAAUAGCAUUGACACAGAUGAAGGAAGUAGAGAAGAAGACGAUAAUGAAGUCAGUGGGUGGAUACGUAUUUCUGUGCAUCAACCCGAAGGUGGGAUAAACACAUGCGUACAACUGAAGAUUCAAUUCACUGACUAUAACACAUUAUCGAUGUCCACAUCAGUGGCUACGGUGAAAUUGAGUUGCUUUAAAGCAGCCAUGAGCAGUGAGGUUCUGGUAAAGGCUUUCACAAUACUUGAAAACAAGACUUUGGAGCACACCCAUAAAGUGGAAGAUUGCACUCGGAAAGAUUUUCGAGAGAACAUUGAAUGGUGCAAAGUCCCAGAAAUAAAUAUGACAUUGGAAAAAGAGCUGCAAAGGGCUGUUUUUAACAUACCACAGAAUUACAGCACAAGGUUCAUAUAUGAUGUUUCAGCAUCCUUUGAGAGCAAAAACCCACCGGAUUCGAUCAGAUUGAACAAGACCAAUAUAUAUCUCAACUUCUCGGAUAUUGUCCCGUGUUUGUGUAUGGAGACGUGGUCUGCAACAAUAGAAGAUGCCAGAAGACGUAAAACAUGCCCGUUUACAAAGGAGGAAGAAUUUCAGGAGAACAUUUGGCGUCUGAGCAGCUUGGCAGUGGAGUACAAGGGGGAUGCGCUUCAGUGGACCCUUUCAUCCCCUUGCAACCUGUCCGGCGACAUCUUGCUGUGUUCCAAAUCAGAAGAUGGUGAAGCUUGUCAGGCGAUCCCUCACUCCAGACAGAAUAUUCAAGUUAAUGGACUGAGGGAAUUCAGAAGUGUGGACCCACACCCUUCGCUCUGUGUAAAGGUUCUCUCUGGGAAUCAUGUCAAUCUCAGUUGCCCUUUUGGCAGUGAUUCCUUACCUCUGUGGAGAUUGGAGUCAAAAAUUAAACAGAACAUUGCUACUGUGAACAUAAUUCAUGAAAGAAACCAAAUGAACUUUUCGAUCUGCAUUAAGAAAAGAAACAAAUGUGAACAUUUCCUGCAGGAGAUACAGCAGAUUAACCAAUGGAUGAAGCAAAUAGACUUCAUUUCACAGGAUUGCCUUCAGGUCUGGCGAUCUGAUGUGAACUUCUCACCACGAAUCACUCUGUGUCCCUUUGAGAUAUAUGCAAGAGUGCGAUGGACUUUAUUAAUAGUAUUAUUAUUAAUACUGGCUAUAGUCAUGAUUGCCAUACUUAUGGUCAAAAAAGUACUUCUUAAAGGUUGCACAAAGAUGAUCAAGUAUGAUUAUAAUGUAACAACUCCAGGUAUUCGAGAUGGGGUCCUUCUACUGUAUUCGGCAGAUCACAGCCAGUUUGAAAAGCUCGUCAAUACCUUUGCUUCUGCACUGGCCAACGUAAAUGUCGAAGUAGUUGUGGACCUAUGGAAACGUAGAGAAAUCAGCAUUCAAGGCCCUUUGCCAUGGUUCCACUCUCAACAGAUUAAGAUUUCAAAAGAAGGUGGAAAAAUCAUCAUCCUUUUUUCCAAGGAUGCCAGUAUAAAAUGUAAUGAAUUGUUAAAUUCCACAGGGAAUCCUGAAACCCUGCAUGACCCAUAUGAUGGAUUUAUGGCCUCCUUGAACUGCGUGCUUCCUGAUAUCACUAAAGGGAAUAUUUCUGGAAAAUACGUCGUAGCAUACUUUGAGGAUCUUUUGAACAGAUCAUGCAUACCAGAGAUAUUUAAUAAAAUGCCCAUCUACAGUCUACCUUCACAAAUUUCUGAGUUUCUUCAAGAGAUUGGGUUACCAACCAAACACAUUUCUGAGCAGAAGAAAUAUGGCUGUCUGACAACAAUUAGCAGAUCGCUCAAGGAUGGCAUUAAGGAGUGUCAGAGGUGGGAAAAAAGUCACUCAGUUUGAUUCCCUGAAUGCAAGACAUUAGAGGAGAUAUCCAACGGACAACAUGAAAGUACUGCGAUGAUAAAUAUCCCACUGAUGAAAAUUGAGAAGCCUUCUACAGUCUGAAGAUCCCUUAAGGAAAAAUCUUUCUUACCAUUACCCAAGAGUGAAAGGCAAAGGCAGGUUGUUAUAAAGUAUAUUAUACGAAAAGCAAGAACUUUAGGUGUACUCUGAUGAUGUCACUCCUGCAACUUUGGGAUGGAUUACCUUCGUUUUGAUAUGGUUACUAAGCUGGAAUGUUUUAAAUCAAUGCUUGAUAAAUAACUUUCUAAAGCACUCAUCAAUUUGAAAAACGAAACAAUCUUCAAAGUGAUGCAAUAUUAAAUGAUUGAUACUUUAAUGAAGGACCAACAAACUGAAAGAAUUAAUAUGUUCUUUGGGAAAUGAAGAUAUAUUGUUUGUUUAUCCACUAGAUUUUGUUAUUAAAUAAACUGUAUAUGCACUAGGUAAUGAAAAUCUGCUCUCGAUCUCAGGGUGCUCAGGCUAGCAAUAUAGAAAAAGACUUUAUUCACUCCCGGAAAAAAAAUCCAGCGUGAACAAAUGGACCUCUUCAUUCUUCUACAGGUGUUAUUUUGUGACCAAAAUGUUCGUGUAUAGUCCAUCAAUGUAAAUAACUUUGAAUAUUUUGUAUGCAAUAUAAUUAUACCAUUAUUUCUCAGAUGUCAUUGCAAACCAGUCACAGGAAAAGAAAGUUUGAAAUGGCAUAAUGUAUGUGGCCUAAGGGAUGUGGCCACCUUUUGGUUGAUGUUGAUCCACUAUUAGUUCACCUUUUUCCUAGAAACCUAUCUAUUUGGCUUUUGAUUUCAUCCAUGUUAAUUAAGUUAAAAUGUAAUUUGUCAACAUAACUUAGUCAAUUAUUCUCAAAAGUGACCCUAUCCAACAAUGUUCUGGUUCUCUUGAUCUGCUAUUGUUCCCUUCUCUACACUCCUUAUUUUUUGCGGCCUCUGUAUUGUCCACCGAGAACCACUGCUGCACGUCAAUGGACAAUAGUAGUAUGAAGUCUUAAAUUCUCAGUGGUGGGCUGGAGGGUAGUGGUGAGUGUUCAAAGAGUGUAAACGGCCAGUGAUUGAUCAGGAAGGAUACAUGUGAACAAAGUAGCAAAUGCUCGGAUUUUAUUUACCUGUUCUAUUAAAUUAUUCUAUCUAUACUGUAUAAAUAAAUAUAAAUAUGUUUCUCUUGCCUUAAUACAAAAAGAGUGUGCUAUACUCAGUGUAAUAAGCUUAAAGUGCUAAAUAGCAGUUGCUCCAGGUUACUUUGAGACAAUUGUUCACUGACUGCAAGUUAUCCAACUUAAAGAGUAGAAGAAUUGCAAUAACUUAUAGCUACGCAACACUUUAACCUUGUAAAAUGAACUACAAUUAUGUCCUGAAAUGGAGUAACUAAAAUGUUGUCUUGGAAAUACCGAUUCGGAGGUGCUCGAAGGCUAUCAGUUGUUCAUUCAGGGGUGUACUUAAUGAAUGCAUUUUCUUUCAUUGCAAACAUAGAAACGAAAGUCAAUUGUGUUAUCUGGAUAAUGUGAAAUUAAAAAAAUUGUAGUGGUUGCGUCCUUAUUGCUUGUGAGAAAGUCUUUUCUGUGUGUAACUGUGGGAUGAGUGUAGGUCUAAUACUGGAACAGCAACACACCAGAUCUGAGCAACGUCUCCACGCUACAGUCACUUGCUGCAUUUCGGAGUCGGGAUAAAAAAAAAGGCUAGAACAGUGUUUCACUCAGAGAAGACUGAGUUUUGUUCAGGGGUAGAUGGAUCUGAGAAAUCAUUAAUGAGGUGUUA